ACCGUAGUAAGAAAAGUCAUCGGUCUUCGCUUCAACGAUGGAUUCCAUUGCCAAACAAGUCUUGGUCUUUACCGAUUACAUAUCCAAGAAAUUAAUGUUAAAUUCGUUGACCACCCCCCUUCUCAUCGUCAAUUAGAAGAAGAUAAAAAAAUGCAUCCGAAACUGAGAGAAACCUUGCAAGAAAUCGAAGACGAUGAUAUCCUGAAGCAACUCAUCGGAUGGUUUCAGGAUCUCGUCGACGGAACCAUCGGCCAAGAAUUGGAAACCCGAUCUCUCCAAGGACUGCGCAUCACCCAUGCUAGGAAAGGAUAUUUACGAUCCGAGUUCGCCGUACCGAGCCUCGCCGCUGAUGUUAAUGGGAAUUGGCAUGGAGGAGCUAUUGCGAUCUUGAUGGACGCCGUGGGAGCGGUUGCUGCGUAUUCAGCUUUCCAUCAUGUCAUCAAAUCAGUUGAUUUCAGCAUUUCGCAUUAUUCGACGGCUAAGAUUCAGGAAGAGGUGGUGGUGGAAGCGAAGGUUGUGGGAAAUCACGACAAGCUUGUACAGGUGAUGAUGGAGGCUCGAAUGAAAGCCAAUAACGAGCUCAUUGCUUCGGGCAAAAUGUGGGCUGCUUUGAAUAAUUUCGCCAUCACUACUACAUCCAGCAAGCUUUGAGAAUCUGGCCUUAAUAUUUACCAUGUAUGUCGAUUUCACUUUCUUUACAUCUACCAUCACGAAUAAGGUG